AUGGCAAAGAAUAACGCAGCAAUAAAAAAGGCAACACAAGCAGUGCAAGCAGUGCAAGCAAAGCAAAGCAAACUUGACUCCAACACUACUCAGCCUUCUACCACAUCUUCAAAAGCCACCAUAUCAACAUCUUCACUUGCACCAAAGGAAGUCAAAGCAACCCUUGCGCAAUUGAACCAAGCAUUGGCCACAACAAUUCAUGACUAUUUUCAUACCCUCACACCAAAACUCAAGCUUAUAGAUAUCUUUUUAGUAUUCUUGGUGGUGCUUGGUGUUUUGCAAUUUGUAUAUGUGCUAUUGAUUGGUAAUUUCCCAUUCAAUGCGUUCUUGGGUGGUUUUGCAGCAUGCGUUGGCCAAUUUGUCUUGCUUGUGAGUUUGAGAUUACAGAUUAAUGAUGGAGAAAGGGAAUUGAAAAGAAGAGUGUUAAAUACCCCUAAAGUGAACAUUGGUGAGAAAACAAACGUAAUUGUUGAUGAAAACACUAGAGACUCUGAAGUUAUUGGCGUGCAAGUUGCAGAAAUAGAAGAGGAGGAGGAAAAUGACGGAGGAGCAAAAAAAGUAUUCAAUACAAUUUCACCAGAACGUGCAUUUGGUGAUUUCAUUUUUGCUAGUUUAAUCUUGCACUUUAUUGUGAUCCACUUUAUCAAUUGA